AUGGUUUCUCCCAACGACUAUAUAUGUGACUUUUUGAAACAACACUCUUCUUAUGAUGUAUUGCCAGUAAGCUAUAGGUUAAUAGUUUUAGAUACUAGCUUACUUGUAAAGAAAGCUUUGGCUGCAUUAAUGCAAAAUGGAGUUGUAUCAGCACCGCUUUGGGAUUCAAAUAAUCAAAAAUUUGCUGGAAUGUUGACAGUAUCCGAUUUCAUUAACCUAAUCCAUUAUUAUUACAAGCAUUCAUCUUAUACCGUUGCGUUAGAAGAAAUUGAACAAUUUCAAAUACAACAAUUAAGAGAUGUGGAAAGUCGUUUGGGUUCACCACCACCACAAUUGUUGUCAAUAAAUCCUCUAAAGUCAUUAUAUGAAGCUUGUAAAUUAUUGGUGGAGGCUCGUGCUCAUCGAUUACCAUUGGUUGAUGUUGAUUCUGAAACUGGUCAAGAAAUGAUCGUAUCUGUAUUAACACAAUAUAGAAUACUUAAAUUUAUAGCAAUGAACUGCAAAGAAACGAAAGAUUUUCGAAAGCCACUCUCAGAAAUAAAUGUUGGAGUAUAUAAUGACAUUGCUACUGCAAGAAUGUCUACUCCUGUCAUUGAAGUUGUAAAUAUUUUUGCGGAGAGACGAAUCUCUUCAGUACCCAUAAUCGAUGAAAAUGGUGUUGUGUUGAAUGUAUAUGAAACAGUUGAUACAUUAGUCCGUGCUGGAGCGUAUCAUGGAAUGGAUCUUCCCAUUGGAGAAGCGAUAUCAUGGAGAUCAGAUGAUUUUCCCGGAGUUCAUACUUGUACUCUUAACGAUUGUCUUCACUCAAUAUUCGAUUUAAUAAAGAAAGCCCCGAAUACGUUAAAAUCAGCGCAAAAAGAAAAGGUCAGGCAAUUUAUGACCUUUACAAAUGCCAGUGAAAGGGUCUCCAUUCGGAAACUUAGAGAAUUUAACUGGAACGUAGAAGUUGCAGUAGAUGCUUUCUUCAACGAUCAACCUAGCUCCUGGAGAUCUUUUGGCGCUUCGCAAAAUUCUGGAAAUCCAGAUGUUUACAAACUCAAUCAAAUAUUCUCAAAAUAUAAAGAUAAAGAUGAAGAUGCCAUUUUAGUAGAUGGAAUGUUAGAAUAUUGCACCGAUUUACACGUUGCACCCGAAGAUGUUGUUAUGCUUGUUAUGGCAUGGAAUCUUGAAGCUGAUAAAAUGUGCGAAUUUAAACGCCAAGGAUUUAUCAAUGGAUGGACAAAAUUAAGAUGCGAUUCAAUUGAGAAAAUGCGCGCUGCGAUACCUCGACUUCGAGCAUCAUUGAAUGAUGAAGCCACAUUUAAAGAGAUUUAUCAAUUUACAUUUAAAUUUGGAUUAGCUGAAAACCAAAAAUCCUUGAGUCUUGACGUCGCAAUAGAAUUCUGGCGGAUGUUAUUGAGUGAUCGUUGGCCACAUCUUGAAAUAUGGAUAGAGUUUGUCAAGGAGAAGCAUGGAAAAUCGAUCUCUAAGGAUACAUGGAAUCUGCUACUAGAUUUUAUCAAACAGAUCAACGUCGAUCUUUCAAAUUAUGAUGCUGAAGGCGCUUGGCCUGUUCUUAUUGAUGAGUUUGUGGAGUACGCCAGAGAAAAAUUGCAAUUACCAGCACCCUAA